AUGGGAAAUUGUCUAACGAAGAAAUCUAGAGACCCCAACCAACAACCGCUUGAACCUGCUCGUCAUCCUACUGGGGUUGAUGCCGUUCGAAGUUCUCGUUCCAGGGCAAUCUCUAUAUCAGCGGCAGUUCAACAGAAAACUUCGUUUCAUCCUUCAAAAUCUUCGAAAUCAAACCCUGGUAAAGAUGAAAAAUAUGGUGCAAGUGCAAGUGCAACGCGCCAACACAGAAGCAGCAGGCAUGUUUCUUCACAUUCACGUAGAGACAACGGUAAGAAGAAUAAAAAACAUGGUUCGCCAACAACUCCAAGAGAUUGGCCAGUUUCAAAGGUGAAAAAAGUUGGAUGGGUUCCUGCCCGGAACAUCCACGGCUUUUGUUACAGUGUCUUGAGGGCCGCCACCCGUAAAUUCAGUAAGGAGAACAUAAUCGGUGAAGGGGGUUUUGGAAGAGUGUAUAUUGGGUAUAUAAAUCCAGACAGUAUGAGAGCAGCAAAGCCAGACACUGGCAAGGCAAUCGCUAUCAAGGUGCUUGGUAGAAGAGGGAUACAAAGCGACGAACAAUGGCAGAAUGAAUUGAGAUUUCUAAACAAAUCAAAUCAUCCAAAUGUUGUGAAGCUUAUGGGAUAUUGCUGUGAGAGACAUCAUAGGAUUGUGGUCUAUGAGUACAUGUGCAACGGAAGCUUGGAUGCCCAUCUCUUGAGAGAGAAUAAUACAGAGCUAAACUGGAAUAGGAGAAUCAAAAUAGCUAUUGGAGUAGCAAGGGCAAUAGCUUACCUUCACAACUGCACGAGGCCAGUCAUUCAUCGGGACCUCAAAUCCUCUAAUGUUCUCCUUGAUGCUCUGAGGGUCACAUUGCAGGAUUUCAAUCCGAAACUAUCAGACUUUGGACUGGCUAGGCAUGGACCUUUAGAAGACCAAUCACAUGUCAGUACAAGGAUCCUUGGAACCAGAGGAUACUUCGCUCCCGAAUACUUUACAACAGGGCAUUUAACUGUAAAAGCUGAUGUAUACAGUUUUGGAGUAGUACUACUAGAAAUAUUUUCUGCCUGUGUUGCAAUCAGGAGAUGUACCGACGGUACCAAAAGCGAUCUUGCUAUAUGGGCUAAACCACAUCUAAGCAAUUACUUGGAACUGCAUAACAUCAUCGACAAGAAAAUAGCAAGGAACAUCAAUAUCGAAGAAGCACACAAGUUUGCUUCAAUCGUCGGCCAAUGCCUUAGAUCGGACCCUAAGGAUCGACCCACAAUGGGGGAAGUACCAGCAAGUCUAGAGCAACUGCAACAAGAUAUGGUACUCAGCAAUUUGAACACACUUGUUCCAUUCAAAUACCAUAGAAGGUGUACACAUACAUUAAAGAGUUAAUAUCUCAACUAUUUGUAAGUUGCUGUUGGUCACACUGAAUUAUGAUUAGUUUAUUUCACGAAGAUUAUCCUAA